AUUUAAUUUUCCAUAUCACGACUAACGACACAGCAACAAACCGCCCAGCAUUCCCAGAAGCGGUCAAUCCUCACAAUGUCGGCCGUAUUAGAAGCAACGAGACCAGCUGCUCAGACUAAGACCUUCGGCAAGUCGACGAGAGAGGUUCCUCAUCACAGUCAGAAGGCGAAGAAAUGGUACCCAGCAGAAGAUGAAGCGCAACCCAAGAAGGUUCGCAAAUCUAUCCGUGUCUCUACUCCUCGCCCAAGUCUCGUUCCUGGUACCGUUCUCAUUCUCCUCGCUGGUCGUUUCCGUGGCAAGCGCGUCAUCCUCCUGAAGAACCUCGACCAAGGUGUUCUCCUUGUCACCGGCCCCUUCAAGAUCAACGGUGUUCCCCUCCGAAGAGUGAAUGCUCGCUAUGUUAUCGCCACUUCCCACAAGGUUGAUCUCGCUGGUGUUGAUUCGAAGAAGGUAGAGGAGGUCGGUAGCGAGAAGUACUUUGCGGCGGAGAAGGGUGAGAAGAAGAAGGGUGAGGAGGCGUUCUUCAAGCAAGGCGAGAAGGCAGAGAAGAAGAAGCCAUCUAGCAGCCGCGCAGCAGACCAAAAGGCAGUCGACAAGGCUCUUUUGGCCACCAUCAAGAAGGAGCCAAUGCUCAUCAGCUACCUUGCCAGUACCUUCAGCUUGCGAAAGGGUGAUAGGCCACACGAGAUGGUCUGGUAGAUGGGUAUUUCUGGUUGGUCGGGCGUAGAACAGUGGAUGCGGAAAAUGAUCAACCAGUCGCGUGCAUUUGACCUGGAUGGCAAUGGUCUGAAUUGCUAUGGCGCUUUGUAAUCAGAUUUGCAAUUACGAAACCUUCACAAAGCAACAUGGGCUCACAGAUGAGAUUGUCGUGAG